GAAAAAGUUCUGAAUUAAUAGAAUUAGAAAUGGUUAAAAAGAUAAAAGUAAAUGAAGAGUAACUUGAAAGUGUAUAUAAAAAGAAAGGUUUUAGAAGUCAGAAUAAAACAUAAUUAAUGAAAGAGUCGAGGGAUAAGAAAUUUAUUUGCAAUUUUAGAAUAAUGUUUUGAA